CCUGUGUGUACGGACGGGACGUUAUCUUGAGAGUGAAAAGAUAUCAUAUCGAACCCGCAUAUUACACAUUGUCGCUCGUUGUAUGCAGUUACACCUCUUCGACUUCUGAACGUCCGUACUCCAGAUUUUAAGAGUGAUUUUUGAGCUGACUACAUUACAUAUUUUGCACCUUUUACCGAAUAAGAGACAAAUAUGGCUUCGUCCAGUGUUUCUAAUGUACAUGCGACCCAUGCACCCGAUCCUGUGGAAAAGAUUGUCAAGACCGACAAAUAUGGGGACUUUACUUGCUUUAUACAGGGAGAUAUCACAAACAAACAGAAGAUCUUGGUCGUCACAAUGCAUGACAUUGGCUUGAACCAUGCUUCUUGGGUGAAGUUUCUGAGGACAAAGAGCAUGGAGUCCUUCGCUUCUAAAGCCUCAUUUGUUCACAUCAAUGCUCCUGGUCAGCAAGAUAAAGCCGAGAAUUUACCAGAAGGAUACACCUAUCCAAGCAUGAAGCAGAUUGCUGAAGAAAUGCCUCAAAUCUUGAAGAAUCUUGGGAUUGAUGAGACUAGAGAGCUGAUUGGUGUUGGUGAGGGAGCUGGUUCUACCAUUAUGGUCAGAUUUGCGGGAAUAGCAGGCAAGAGGAUAUUGGGAAUGAUUCUCCUGGAGUGUACGUCAGGUUCUGCAGGUUUCUUGGAAUGGGCCGAGGGAAAGUUUGCAUCUUGGAAACUUGACAAGUUACACAAAAUGAACCCCUCCACUGAGAAUUACCUGUUGUGGCAUCACUAUGGUGGGAGGAAGGCAACUGCUGAAGCUGCCAAGGAGUUUCAUUCCAGUCUACAUGAUCGUAUGAAUGCACACAAUCUCUCUCUCUUCAUUAAUGUCUUCCAAAGCCGUACAGAUAUCACUCAUUGUUUGAAGGAGCUUACCUGUCCUGUCUUAAUUGUGACCGGCCAUGACUCCCCACACAUUAGCGAAGUGGAGAAAGUCUUCAAUGCUCUACCCAAAGGUGAAAAGACUUUCCUAAAGGCUGAAGACGUUGGUGGAGACAUCAAAGUAGAACACCCUGAGAAGCUAGCUGAGAGUAUGCAGUAUUUCAUUCAAGGAAUAGGUGGACUACCGUCGCUCCCGCUGACCCGUUUAGGCCGAGCAGCAUCCCUCGGUGAAACCCCUAAAGAGAAGCGUUCCCACAGCAUGAGUAUGUCUGAAAUGGACCAGCCCCACGCGGAUCAUCACUUGAAGUCAGCUGAUCAUGAGACCGCUGCAGCGGCAAAGUGAAGCCAUUCAAUAAAGCCAAUCCCUGUUUCAUUUGAUUGAAUGCCGGGUAACGUGUGGACAUCUAUAAAGUGUCAAAAGCAACUUGUCCACAAAAUAAACAAAAAUGAACAAUUAAAGAUAAAGUAAGAGUCUGGCAUUUUCAAUUUAUACAAAGUGGCAUUUGAAAGAAUUUUGGUUCGUACUUUGUAUGUUUACCUCAACCCCAUUUUGUUUAUGCAUAUUAUGAAGAGUUGGUAUGCUUGAGCUGCCACAUCACACAACAGGAUCAAUGUCUUCAAAUUCAUCAAAUCAUACAUCAAGAAAAGGGCUCAAGAAGUUUGUAUUUUUCCAAAAAUUCAUAAGCGCCAUCUUUAAGAGAAUAUGCACUUCUGUAAAUACUCUCUAAAUGAGUCUACAAAAAGCCUGGUAGAAUACCAAAACAGUAUCUCGAAACAUCUUUAUUGUUGGUUUAAAAAAUGAUGAGGUUAUCAUAACUGGUGAACCAGGAUUGCAACUCUCAUCAUCGAUUGAACAUCAUAUUACAAUUCAAUCCUUGAUUUGAAUAAUGAUUCUGGAUUCAUUUCUCGUCACUGUCCAGAAAAGAGUUUGGUCCUGUUGUGUUAGAUGUGUUGCUUGAUUUUAAGUUUCACAUAGACAAUUCUUUCUAUUUCACUUCUUCGGUUUGAUGUUACCAUAUUUCUGUUAUUUCAAUUUUAGUCCAUUUAUUUGUCUGUUUUGCCAACCAUUUUGUGCCGAUCCUGCACGUGUUCUGAUUUGACAUUCCUUGAGUGUUUUAGGUUUUGUUGUCGUGUAAGCGAUUGAAAAUGUAUUCAUCGUAGCUUCAUGUUCCUUAAAAAAAAAUGAAUUAUUACAUCUCAUUGCCAAAUUAUAUAGUUUACAAAUAGUUUUAUAAAAUAACAAAAAGAAAGUUCUAUUUACAUUGGAAGUUUUAUUGUGAAACAAAAUAUAAACAAACUUUAAAAGUACACUGUGUCUUAAGGAAGACAGAAAUGAAAUAUUUUGAACAAUAUAAUUUGUUGUACUGUGAAGUAUUUUGAUGGUUGUUUUUAAAAUCUGAAGUUUCCUAAAGACAAAUUGCAGGAAAACAGGUGAAAAAUAAUUCAUAGUGAAUUGUUUUUAUUUUUAUUUUUAAAUUUUUAUCUGAAAUGUGAGAAACAGUUCAUGGCAAUAUACCGAUGAUGCAAUAAUUGCCCAAUUGGUCAGACCAGGCUUAGUUCAAAACUAAGUGUCAUCGAGUACAAUUCUUCUGAAAUUUCGUUUUCUGAAUUUGUUUUUAUUACAUUGUGUUUAAAUUGUAUGUAUCAACAGCGAAAAGGUACAGUGAUGGAUUCUAGCGAACAUAUAUCUUUGUAGACGUUUAGCAGUUUGAAGUGAAAUUACUAAUGGGUCAACUUAACGAACCUCAUUGCUCCAUACCACUGUGUGUUAAAACCCUACCAGGCAGAAACCCAUGCUCUGUGUUGCUCAAGCCAGUUUUAUUUAGCUAAUUUUAGAUCACCCAAAAUGUCAUUUAUUGCUUUGUAUUGUAGAAAUUGUAAAGGUAUGAAUUGGAUUGAUUUUUCUCUACGCACAUGUUGUUAUUGGUGUUUAAGAAGCACAUUUCAUAUGUAGAACUUUACGUUGUGUGCAAAGCAAAGUAGAAAUGUACUAACUUCAAGACAACACUGAGUGGGAUUUAAAAUUCAGGUUUCCACAAAGUCCCACAAGUAUUAUCAAGCAAUCCUUGUCAAGCCGUAAAUAGUCUCCAAAAAACUAUACAAGGUUACCAUUAAUGACUUGUCCACAAGUCUAGCAUUACAUGAGAUUAUUUGUGAGUCGAUUGUACUGUGGAAUUUCUUAAAGAUAUGUUUAUGAUGAAUUUAUCUUUAGCUUUGUAUAAUUUUUUAACCCGAAAGGCAAAUUCACUGUAUGGUUAUGAUUUCAUUAGUUAUUAUCUUAGAUUUGUUUUUAAAAUGUCGCUUGCUUUGUAGAGGCUUAUUGCACUUGAUUGUGUGAUAGAAUCCUGCUGAGCAUUUAAUUAACUGCUUAGCUUGGCAUAUUUUAUCUCGGAUUUAUGGGGAUCUUAAUGAUUUGGUCAGAAAUUGUAUGAGAAAUUAGAGAAAUUGUUUAACUUCAAACCUUCAAACAUUUGAUUUCAUGUCAAAAUGGAACACUGUUUGUAUAUGUUGCUGAAGUUGAUUAUUCAUACAUAGACCCAUUUAUCAACUAGACUUCCAUCCACUUUAAACCCAAAUAGACUGGUAUUCAGUCACUUAUGUUUCUUUGGAAGAUAAGAGGGUAAGAUAUGAGAUAAGAAAUUAUGUUAUUCUCCAGACGUUUGAGUUGUUCUUUGUAAAUUGUACCAACUUAAAAGUGUGAUAGAUUAUACAACAAUCAAAUACACAAGAGUUUGAUCCAAUAUUAUUGCAGAAUGGUAAAGAUUUAUUUUAACAUCUGUAAGCAAAGGUUGUUGGGUCGAUUCCAAACCCACAAUAUGCCUGUGGUUUUCACACAGAUCUCAGGGAAGUAAUACACACACUUUCCUUUUUCUAAGAAUUAGCUAAUAGGUCUGCCACCUCAACAUUUGAUGUUCAACAAGUUGGCAUUCAAUAUCUUAGAUACCGAUACUAAUAAAUAACCCCAUCUCCUUAAACAUCUUCUUAGAUGUCUUCUUUAAAUAUUUGCCAUUUUCUAAUAGUUUAAUUGUUUUAAACAAAAUCUUUUCAAAGACAAUUAUGUUUAACUUUUAUUUGUCCAAUCUGCAAAGGAAUAGAUGGUUUUUACAGAUUUUGUAACAUAAAUCUCAAAAGUUAUUGUUGUAAGUUGUGAAAAAAAUACAAAAAAGAUAAACCACAAAAAAUAAUAACGAAAUACAGGUUUAUUUGUUUAAAAUUCAAUGGAUGUUUAUUAAAAACUGAUUAAUUAAUCAAGUUGCUUGUUAAUAAUAUUGAGUUUAACUGAGAUGACCAUACUUGUAAAGUCCAUCUUUCAAUAUGGACAAGACAAAUGACUGUAGAAUUGUUGGUUGACAAAUAUUGUGUUAUGGGACAUUGUGGUUAUUCUAAGAGAUUAAUGUAGUUAUAAUUGCUAUGAAUAAAUGUAGUUUGUUAAAUGAACCGAUCUAUUGAAUGCAUCUAAAACAAAAAUUAAUAAAAAACUAUUUUCAUCAUUCCAACUUU